GAGUCAUUUAGGUUACUUGACCCGACAAUCAAUCAGCCACCCAAACGGCUCGGUCUGUUCUCUCUCUCUCUCUCUCUCUCUCUCUCUCUCUCCAUCAACCCACCAAGGGUUUUACAUUUUUAGCUUAAACCCUAUCCAUGGCUUUGACGAUGAGGGCUGCAGUGGCGGCGCCCCGCGGUUUACGCCGACUUUUCUGCACCAACCCAACCGCUUCUUCUCCCACUUUCCCUUUCACUUCAACGCCGCCUUCCGGAGCUACUUCCACUCGACAGAUGGCGGAUCCCAGCACCAACCUCUUCGUCUCCGGGCUUUCCAAACGUACCACAACAGAGAAUCUGAGGGCAGCAUUUCAAAAGUUUGGUGAAGUUGUUCAUGCUAGGGUGGUAACUGAUCGAGUCUCAGGUUACUCUAAAGGGUUUGGUUUUGUGCAAUAUGCUACUCUAGAAGAUGCUGCUAAGGGCAUCGAAGGCAUGGAUGGCAAGUUUUUGGAUGGCUGGGUUAUAUUUGCAGAGUAUGCAAAACCAAGACCACCACCCGGAGAAGCUGCAAGUAAUAUGACUAAACAAUAUGGCCGACCUUACUAAUUCAUGGUCAUCCAAAACAUUUUUGUGCUUCAUUGAUCUAGUUCUGUUUGACGUUGCAAAUCACAAAGUAUUAUUUAUUUACACAAUGGCAUGGAGUAUGCCUAGCUGGUCUUAAAUUAACCUUCUAAGAUAUUGUUGUAAUGCAAGAUUUCUCUUUGAAGCCCUGAACAUUUUGCGUUAAUGAUUACUAAGUUUACUUCA